UGAUGACUGACGAUUUGACCGCUACCUAUCGACACUGAGUUUAAAUUCUAUUCAACAAAAACAAGAUAAAAUUUCAUCUCUGUUUUUAUCAUGACCAAAAGAUAACAAAAACAAAGUGAACCUAGAAAAUUUUCUAUCAUCUGGUAGUUGGUAACCACAAUAACCCUGUCUGUCCUUCGUAUUCCACUUUGAUCAUAAAUAAAUGGGAAGUACAAAACUAAGAUGAAUAUAUUUUAUCACAAACAUUCUGUAUAUUCGUGAUAUCGUCUCUAAAUUUUCUGCUCUCUUAUCAAAUUAAUUGAUUUGCUUACGUCAGGAUUCCACUGUAGGAUAUUGGAUAUUUAUUGAGGUUAAUUUAAUUGAUUAAUUAAAAUAAUUAAAAGCACAAUGAAGGACUACAGUGAUUCAGAAUUGAUAAAUGUAAUAUGUGAUCUAAGUGAAAUAAAAUCAAUGAAAGUUGCUGUCAGUUCAUCUGUCAAAUCAGGACUUCUUGUUGGUGCUGCUGCGACAGUUGGCGGCCUUCUUCUUGGUCCUCGUGGUAUUGCGAUAGCGAGUUUGAUUGCUGGCUUGGGAACUUCCUACGCGAUGGAUGGAGAAUUUAGAUCUGUGCCUGAUAUUUUAAAAAAUGAUCUGACUCGAGAACAACAAGAGAAUUUGGCUAAUGCUGUACGGAAUCUAUUAAGUGCAAAAAAUGUCAUGUCAUUAGCCAUGUUGAUGACUGAUAAAGGUCUUCAAGAUGCUCUAGUAUCACUCAUACAUAAUUUCUUAAAAAGCUUAUCGUAUUCCGCUAUCUAAAAUUUAUCAUUUUUAAGUUAGUAGACGAUUAAUAAUUUUCGGAUUUUUUUUUCGACAAAUCAAUUAAAAAAUAAUUGAUUUAAAUAUUUAAGUUUGUAAUUAUAAUUAUUUUUUUAUUGAAAAUUUGAAAAUCGAUUGAUGAUUUUAAAUGAUUUAUAAAUGUCCAAACAUUUUCAUCAAUCUGUAAUUUAUAAUUGAAAUUUAAAAUAUAUACUGGUAUUUAAAAUAUACGUAUGCGUGUUACUAAAUUCUAAAAUG